AUGGUUCGCCGCAACAAGAAGAGGGCAAGCGGACGCUGCAAAACCCGGUCCAGUAGCGCCUCCUCGACCGCUGCUCCCAGUUCUAGCACCCCCGCUUCCUCCUCCGUCGCUGCUACUUCCAGUGACGCUGCAACGAUCGUGAACGUCGCCCCCGUGCCAAGUCUUAGCAGCAGCUCGUUUGAGGAAGCCUCGAGCUCUCCGACGUCCUCCAAACACUCGGAGGCUCCCUCGUCUACGCAUACUUCCCAGGUGGCACCUACCACUAAUGCCAAACCGACCACGACCAAGCAGCAGGAGACCACUACCAAGGCCUCUGCCACCAAGACGUCUUCUGCCGCUUCCAGUACCUUCACCCAGAGCUUCCUGAUUGGUACCCAAACUGGCCAAGGCACGUUCUACGCCACUGGUCUCGGCGCUUGUGGAAUCACCAACACGGACACCGACUACAUCGCUGCCGUGUCCCACUUGUUGUUCGAUACAUUCCCGGGUUACAAUGGCGUCAACCCCAACAAUAAUCCUAUUUGCAACAAGAAGGUGACCGCGACCUACAAAGGCAAGAGCGUCAGCGUUACCAUCACGGAUCGUUGCACCGGAUGUGCUCUCACCGACCUCGACUUCUCGCCUUCCGCCUUCGAUCAGCUCGCGGACGAGUCCGUUGGUCGCCUGUCCGGUAUGACCUGGGUGUGGGAUGAUCUCUAAACAGAUCGCUCCCACAUCCCGACGCCAUUCCUUAACGUUAUCGUGCUGCAAGUCCCCGAUGUUUAUAAUCUCAGCUUUAUCCCCUUGCCACGGUUACAUGGCGGUCCUGGCGCCUGGGGCGUCUUCCUGUAAGUACCCUUUGCGUGCGAAGGGCUGCAGGCUUGGAGGAUCGUUGCAUUACUAGUUAAUUGCGUUGACAUGUUGCCGCUGUUGUCAUAUUCUGUGCCCGUGGUUCUCUCGGUAGAACCUGAAUGCAAUGCGAAG